UCUGGUCCGUGAGGCGUGAAUACUAAACAACAACAACCAACACAGAAUUUACCUAGUCCAAUAAAUAAAUAGAAAAUAAUAAUUGCCAUUCAAGAUUGGGAUGUCUUCCAGUAAUAUAUCUCAAUCGGCCUAUUCUCCGUCAGAAGCUGAAACUCCUCAAAAUACACCUCAGAGCAGAAUUCCGAAUUUCGACCAAUCAUUAAACCACAGUGAUCUCGGCCACAGCUUUGAACAAUCAUUAAAAAGCGCUAACAAAGAACUUCAUCAAAAACGGAUACAAGCUCUACGAAAAGAACUUGACUAUUUGAAAGCAACCGAAUGGAAGUUUGAAUAUGACAAGGGCUUUGUUCAAUAGCACUUUUUGGUUUUGCUACUUUUAUCAGAAAUUUAGUAGUUACUCAAAAUAUGCUUUCAUAUAUAACAUCAUUUUUUAAUUACUUAUUUGGUAAAGACCAUAAUGAAGAAAGUGAUGAAGAUAUGGAAAAUUUCUUAGCAGAGGAACUGUUGGCACUACAAAUACAGGCAGAAAAAGAGACAAAGCCUGCAGUGUCAACCCCAGUUAGGGAACCACCUAGAAAUGCAGUAUGUUUUCAAAAAACAGGUCUCAUAACUUAUUGUGGUGAAAACUAUAUACUCAUUGAUGGCAUGAUUUUCCAUGAUAUGACUGGAAGUACUGUUGAAGUGAAUGUUAAUGAUAAAGUACUAUAUUUAUGUUACAAAGAUUCAAAUGACUCUGUAGUAGUUGUAAGAAUUUUGGAAAAUCAAGGUUUAUUUUGGGGUGAUGAGGCACAAUCUGAGGAAAAGAGUUUUAGUGUGAUAGAACACAUUUUAGUAGGCCAGGUUGAUCAUAGACAAGAUCGGUCAGUUUUUAUCACAGAGGGUGAUUUGAAAUUCAACUUAGAUGAAGUAGAAGGAACUUUUGUUCCUAUACAGGGGGAUUGGUUGGAAAUGAAAUGUUCUGUGCAGCAGGAUGAGGAUAAACCUGCUGAUAUGUCUGCGAAUCAGGUAUUGAAAGUGAUAUCAUUUAAUCCAAUAAGAACCAAAGUGAAAAGCGCAAUUGUAACUGAUUGGUCAGGAGCAGAUGGUGUUUGUGACAGACAGAUUUACUUCAAUAAGACUGCUUUAGUAAAUAGCAUUCAACCCACCAUUGGAACAAAGGUACUAGUUGAGGCAAUUGAAAGUACACAAGGCGGAUGCAAUUGGAGAGCAAUAAAACUAAUAGUAAUUGAUGCUGGAUCUCCUACAAGGCCACAGGUUGAGAUAUCAAAUGAGGAACAAAUAAGUUUAAAGAUAGAAAACGAAAAAAAAUUAGAAAUGACUUAUCCUUUAAAAUUUGAGCAAGUCAAUUUGCAUUGCACAGAAAAAAUUAUGCUAAACAUAUGCAAUAAAAGUAAUCAGACUUACAUUUUGAAUAAAUGGAUGGUGCUCAGUAAGAAAAGAGACUCCCAGGUGAACAUUAAACCCUUUCUCAACCAACCAAUAAUAGUAAACCCAGAGCAAACGGUUACUUUUACGAUUACAUGCAAUCCUAAAUUUUUGGGAAAUUCAAAAGAAUGUUUUGUAGUUUUGUUUAAAGGGUUUCAGUUGAAAAGGUUUAUUGAAAUAAAUGUAGUUGAUGGUAAUAAUACAAUGAAUUGUAAUGUCGAUAAUGGCCUGACAAACCUGAAUUAUGAAAGAAAAUGGUCUGACAAAGUAGAAAGUAUGAGAAAAAUAAGAAAUAACGCGAAUCCUUUCAUUCCUGGAGAGCGACCAUGUAAAACACCAAAUUUUGUGUCUGUAAAAUUAGGUCACUUUCCUAUUCCAGACAAGAUUUGGUCGAUUGUUUUGGGGGAUUCAGAACAAACCUUAUAUACCAAUGAAUAUCACAAAAUUUUAUCAAACAUUGAAAAUCGUUUUCCAUGUUUGGCACAAGAAUUAAAUAUUGCUAAUUACAUUGACAGGUGGCAUACUCUUAUAUAUUUAGAGGAAAUCCAAGCAAAUAUAAACAUGAGGGCUUAUGAUAAAAGUAAAGUUUACUUGACACACUGUGAUGAAUAUCUUGGUAUCGAAAUGCCUGGACUUGCUGAGAAAAGACCAUCACUGAUUAAAGGCGAUAGAGUAAUAGUUACAGACACUUGGGCCUCAGAUGCCCCACAGUAUGAGGGAUUUAUUCAUAGCGUUCGAGGGAAUUUCCUCUUAAUGAAGUUUAACCUCCACUUUCAUGAGACAUAUGGUGGCAGUGAUGUUUCAAUAGAAUUCCAUUUAUUGCGAACUAUUUACAGAAGAGCUCACCAUGCGAUUAAUUUGGCGUUAUCUAACUUAGGGCCAGACAUUUUAUUUCCAUCUCGUUUAAUAGUGAAACCACUACAGAUUCCACCAGAGGAUUUAGAUAAAAUCGAGUGGUUUAAUCAAAAUUUAAAUAAACACCAGAAAAAUGCUAUUAGUAACAUACUUAAAGGUGAAUGUCGGCCGAUGCCAUACAUUAUUUUCGGACCGCCCGGGACUGGAAAGACUGUUACAGUUAUAGAGACUAUUUUACAGAUACUGAGAUGUGUUCCUGAAAGUAGAAUUUUAGUUGCUACUCCUUCUAACAGUGCCUCUAAUUUGAUAACUGAGCGACUUAUACAAUACAAAGGGAAAUUUACAGGCUCCGUUGUUAGGCUCAUUGCGACCUAUUUAGUUGACUCUGACAGCAUACCAGAAGUUAUAAAACCUUAUUGUGCAACUAUCGACAUAGCAAUAGAAAGAACAUCGAGAAACAGACAUUUUGUCAAAGAUAAUAUUAAUUUAAACUGCUCAAAAUCAUUAAUAGGCAGACACCGUGUUACUAUUGGCACAUGCUAUUGUCUUGGCGCAUUGAAACAUUUAGACCUGCCUCGCGGCCAUUUUACACAUAUAAUUGUAGAUGAAGCUGGACAAGCAACAGAGCCUGAAAUAAUGAUACCGCUGACUUUUACAGAUAAGGAGCAUGGUCAAAUUGUUCUUGCUGGUGAUCCAAUGCAGUUAGGGCCAGUCAUCAUGUCCAAAUAUUGCAAAGAAUUUGGUAUGGAUGAAUCAUUCUUGGCUAGACUCCUUGAUAGGUUUCCUUAUCUCAAAGAUUAUGAGGCGUACGAAGAUGGCUUUGAUAGAAGACUUGUUACCAAAUUAAACGAUAAUUAUAGAUCAUUGAAAGAAGUUUUAACAUUGCCUAGUGAACUAUUUUAUGAUGGAACACUUGUACCUAAAAUAGAUAAAAGUCUGCCGUGGACACGUAAGUUUAUAACUGCGACUUCUGAAAUUUUUGAUUUGCAAAGUCAUGACGGAGGCAUUUUUGUGUAUGGUAUUAAGGGUGUUAACAUGAGAGAUGAAGAUAGCCCUUCUUGGUACAAUCCGCAAGAGGCUUCAAUGGUUGCUCUAACCACAUGUAAACUUUACAAAAAGAAUCUGACAGCAGAUGAGAUUGGUAUAAUCACUCCAUACAUAGCACAGACAAAAUAUUUACGAGUUGUUUUUGAUUCCAUGGGUUUGCCUCAACCGAAAAUAGGAACAGUUGAAGACUUUCAGGGACAAGAAAGGCCAGUUAUAUUGAUUUCUACUGUGAGAUCAAACGAGGCAAUUAUAGAAGAGGACAUUAAGCACUACCUAGGAUUUGUAAAUAACCCAAAAAGAUUGAAUGUUGCAUUGACAAGAGCACAUGUUUCAACAAUAAUUUUCUGCAAUCCACAUCUAUUGAGUAUAGAUCCACUAUGGAAUAGAGUAAUUGCCCACACAGUCGCAAAUGAGAAGUAUAUGGGCUGUGACUUACCUAUUGAUUAUGAGAAUAGUAAUAAUGUUUAGAAAUUAAAAGUAAUAGGUACUUACUUAUACCUUGUUCACUGAGUCAAGCUAACAUAGGGUGCUCUCAAUUGCACAAAUUGUAUUUAAAAUUAAAGGACACCAUAUGAUUCUGAUUGGUCAAUGAGUGUGAUCGUUCUUUAAAAAUAUUAUAUGCAUUUAUAUGAUUCACAAGUCACUACAAAAAAUUUUAAAUGACAACUUUGUGCAUAAAUAGAUAACUAAGCUUGUUUCCCUGAUCAAGGUAUAGUAGGUAUAGUGAUUGUUUAGAAAUAAAAGUUUUAAAUACAA